AUGGAGAAAGUCACCUACGACUUCUACUCUGAUCUCUUCGACAGCCAUGUCCACUUACCUCCUCACCAUCUGAGGGAAGACGGACAAGUCAUUCCAGAGGUUCUCCCGUCCGAAAUACGACAUGCUAUCAUGUCGGUAAGAAAUCGUACGGCACCCGGUCCCGACAGAAUAAGACCAGAACACCUGAAGAGCCUUCCGCUAGUACUCAUCAACACCCUGGCGAGGCUCUUUACACGUUAUCUGUCGAAAUGCAAAGUUCCUAAACAGUGGAAGACCAGCAAGACCGUAUUGUUGUAUAAAAAGGGAGAUCCACAUGACAUCGGCAACUAUCGUCCAAUUUGCCUACUGUCCGUCAUCUACAAGCUAUUUACAAGAGUGAUCCUUAGUAGGAUUGAAAAAGUCUUGGAUGAAGGACAGCCAUGCGAGCAAGCAGGGUUUCGAAAAGGAUUCAGCACGAUUGACCACAUUCACACUGUUUCGAAACUCAUCGAGGUAUCACGAGAGUACAAGAUCCCACUCUAUCUCACCUUCGUCGACUUAAAGAAGGCCCUCGACUCAGUUGAGACGGAAGCGGUCGUGGAAGCCUUGGACAACCAAGGCGUCCCUACUCAGUACAUAAAGGUACUUCGAGAGUUGUACAGUAACUUCACGACCGAAAUUUCGCCAUUAUACAAGAACAUCAUCAUUGACGUGAAGAGGGGGGUCCGACAGGGUGAUGCAAUUUCACCCAAAGAGCAUCGAGGAUGUUGUGAAGAAGACCAGGAACAUCCGGCUCCGUGCUCACCUCCUCAACAUCACCGUACUUCCUGCUUUGACCUAUGCAUCGGAAACUUGGGCAUUUCGCAAGCAAGAAGAAAACGCGGUGAGCAUCAGUGA